UUCCCUACUCGCUAUCCACUUCUUGUAGUUAGGUACUUGUUAACGAACCCCCAUGGCCCCUUCGAAAUGAGGUCUUUGGGGUUGUCAUAAUCUUCACCCCCUAUACCUGAAGUUGUCUGCCAAUCUCAUAGUAAGGUGUAGUCUACGUAGGUACGUAGGUACCGUAGCGGGAGCCCCCUAUCCGUUAGAAUCAUUCUAAGCUGACAAUGAGGUCUGGCUUUCUGGGGGCUCAGGGGAAAAGCCUAAGCUUGUUGGUGCCGAGGCUUUCGGUUCACAGGAGGCCUUUCAGUUUCUCCUAACCUCCCCAAAAGCCACGAGGUCAUCCGGGAAUAGGAUCGUGAGACUUAUCAUCCCUUUGUCUAGCGGUACGAUCGUCAGGUCAGACAUCAUCCCACUUCGGCUCACAGACGCUUUCGCGGUCGACAAGGUAGCUUCUUUCUCCAUGCCACUGCAACAUUUCACUGGGGAUGCUUUGUGUCUAGAAACGAUCUCCCUGCUUGAGCUGUUCCGCUCCUCCGCCGGAGGUAUACUACUGCAGCACUCAGAAUUGGAAAAUGAUCUGAAACUGGAACCAAGCAAGCCCAUGGUCCCUCUGCGUUUUGAGACCGACUUUGCGAACAAGAUGUCGAUACCAUGGGUUGUCCCUGGCCCAAUCAGUCGCAAGCGCUUCGUGCUCAUUGGGUGCAGCUAUCGUGACCCAUCAUCAGGGGCGUGGACGACUUAUGCUUGUGAUGCAGCCCGCGCACUUGGAGCUGAUCUGGUUAUCAUCGACAAGCCCGGUUGUUGGAUCGAGCGAAGCGAGUACUCGCAUUGGUACGAGGCGUUCUUACCGGCUGGCACUUGGUUGUCGAACCCUCCCGGGGAUGACUUGGCAGACCACAUUGUGGCCAUUGUCAAAUCGUAUAGCAAAAAGGUUGAUGGAAUCGUUGCUUUCAUGGAACCAUUCCUUGACACGGUCAGCCGGGCAGCGCAACAGCUCGGUCUUCCAUGCCAGCCAGCCGAGUCCUACGAAUUUGCCAUAGACAAGUACCAGCUGGGCCUCUUCGAGGGCCGCAAGCCCUUUUGCGGUUCCACUGCCGAGGAGGCUCUGAGUUUCGAUGAGAGGGAAGCCCUCUCGUAUCCCUUGAUCCUCAAGCCUCGGCUGGGGCUGAACUCGGAACGAGUUGUACGGGUAAAUGACGCUGCUGGAAUCCAUGGCGCCGUUGAAAUGAUACACAAGACCUUCUUCAAGUCAUUUACCAUGGAGAGAUACUGCGACGGGCCCGAAGUCGACGUCAAUAUUGUGCUGCUUGAUGACGAGAUACUCUUUUGCGAGAUCUCUGAUGAUUUCCCUAAAUUAGGGGAUGACAACUAGAACCGAGCAGGAGACUUUUCUACCUCUC